AUGUAUUCCGCGCGCUUGGGACUACCGCUCGUUGUGAGUUCUACGAAUGGAACCGCGCGUAGUCUUCUGGAGGAAGGCACGUUAUGGAGUCUAGACGUAUCAGCAAUGCGACUAGGAAUCGCACAAACUCGAGCGUGUACAUUGAUCCCGACUCUGCCUUCCAUUGCUUUCGAUGAUGAGGCCAUCAAGCAAGCGCGAGUGCCGGGAGAGAUCAAGAAUAUCCUUCAGCACAGCAGACCUCUUUUUGAGGAGCUAGCGCUUGAAUACAUGGGAAGAAAGCACUACUUAGGAACCAAUCGCGUUGCCCUACUCGAGUAUUUGAGCGUGAUGGUCGGUGAAUUGGUGAAAGAUUUCCAAAGAAUGAAGAAGUUUGCACGACCCAAAGAGUUCGAAUUGGGGCAGAUUGGCUUGCUUCUCAACGCAAGCUACCCAACUAACGAAGGCUCGAAUAUGAUCGAUGGACAUUAUGCACAACUAUUGGAGAAGGAUUCGUUUGAGCUGUUACCAUUCGGCGUGUAUUUGCUACGAAAUGAAGUCAAGCGGAAGCCUCGUUGUGCAUUUCCACCGACACAGAGCGACAUGCUGCUGCAUUUGACAUUGGUUGGAGGUCGCGAUUUUGCCCCGCUUGAGCUGCCGCUGAGGAAGAGGGAGAUGGAAAGCCCGUACGACCAAGUCUCGAUCGACGUCACCGACUAUCACCCACUCUACCGCCAUGGUGAAUUGGAUACGGAGGCGCUGGUCACAGCUGCGGUUGUUCUUGCCAGUCACCGAGGAGGUUUUGGUGGAGUGACAUUCCCAGCGCUUCUGUACGAAAUGGAACUAUCUAUGCACGUCGCGCCACCCUGA